GCCCAAUUGUCGCCCAAAAACCAAUUCUCAUUGCUCUCCUGCUGCUCCGCCGCCGCCGCCCGCCGUCGUUCGAUUUUCCUAGCUCAAGUCAAUGGAACAUGGUUCAUUUGAAGAUCAAUCUAAAGCAACAUUCUCGUUGACAGAUGAGGACCAUACGCUGGCAAAUGCUGUCAGAUUCACUCUAAAUCAAGAUCCACGAGUAACAUUUUGUGGAUACAGCAUUCCACAUCCCUCCGAUGCACGAGUGAACAUAAGAGUUCAGACUACUGGAGAUCCAGCUAGGGAGGUAUUGAACGAUUCAUGUCAGGAUCUAAUGCUUAUCUGCGAGAACGUUAGAGACACAUUUGACAAGGCUAUUUUAAAGUUUAAAACUGAAGGAGGUCUGAGCUCUAUGGAUAUCAAGAAAUAAUCGACAAGAAGUACAUAUAACCUCAUAUCCAAGUGAAAUCUUGUAACCUUAUUUGCACAAAAGUUGCUUUCGUUAUAACCAUUUUCCCCCAUAGGCCAUAUAUAUGUUCAUCAGAUUAUUAGCUAUAAUGCUUAUGCUUUAGUUGCACACUGUCAUCUGCCGAUUUGGUGAUCUCCAUGACGAUGAUAGUGCAAAUUUUGGCUAGUUGGCUCACAUAUACGAAGAAUGUACCUUGGGCUGUGCAGAAAUAUUGAUCUGCAUGUUUUAAUGCACUGUGCUUCCUUUUA